AAGAAGACAUUUUUUCUCCAUCGCAUUCUUCUCACAAUUUCUAUUCACACAGAAGAGAAAGAAAGGGAAACAUGGCGUCUAUUGCACGUAAUACUCUUUCAAGGUCUUUGCGACCCACAGCAAACGCACGCCUCUCACCCGUGUGGGCCGCACGACGCACUUAUGCUACACCUGUCAACGAAGUAGGAAACACUAUUGGGACCAACAACUCCUCUAAUAGCAGCACCAGCAAUGCCGUCAGGAACCUUGCUGCCGAGGCUCUUGCCCAAAAGACAGGACAUGGUCCCACGCAACCUACUGUCCCCAAGGGCAAAAACAAGCCUUCUAAGAUUGAAAAGACCCCGACGAGUCCUGCUGUUUAUGCACUUUAUGCACUCUUAGGAAUCUCGGCUGUCGGACUUGCUUACAAUGUUGGUUGCCCCUAUCCGGAUGAGGAGGGGGUCAAAGAUGCAGAGAAACAUCCGGAUGAGUCGUUCUUAGCUGGAUAUGUUCGUCGAGCACAGGAGCGGUACAAGGCUGCUACAGAAAAGAUGGCCAAUCCGAUCUGGGAUAAGCUCUUGCCCGAUCCUUUACCAGAGCCUUACCAACAGCGUUAUACUCUCGUGAUUAAUCUCGAUAAUACAUUGAUUCACUCGACCUGGGACAAGGAUCAUGGCUGGAGAGUUGCUAAGCGUCCAGGAGCAGAAUACUUCCUAGCCUACCUUUUCCAGCAUUACGAAAUUGUUAUCUUUACUACGCAGACAGCUGAUACCGCGCUUCGCAUUUUGGAUAAACUGGAUCCUUACCAAUAUGCAGUCUAUCGUCUGUUCAGGGAGAGUACACGCUAUAUUGAUGGCAAAUAUGUCAAGGACCUAUCCCAUUUGAACCGUGAUUUGUCCAAAGUCAUUAUUAUGGACUCAAAUCCCGAUGCUUAUUCGCUUCAGCCAGAAAACUCAAUUGCCAUGAAACCAUGGACUGGUGAUCCAAAUGAUACUGAGUUGGUUGCCAUGAUUCCAUUCCUUGAGACAAUUGCGUUGACCGAGGUUGAGGACGUUCGCGGUCCGUUGGCUAAGUUCCGUGGCAAAAACAUUCCUGUAGAAUUUGCUAAAUGGGAAGAGGAAUUGAAAGAACAGAUGCGCUUGCAGUGGGAAGAAGAGCAAAAGAAUAAGAAGGGAAAGGGGCUCGGUAUCUUCCGCUUGGGAAGCCAACAACAGGAACAACCGCCUGUGCCAUUGUUUGAGCAGCAGCGUCAACAGUUCCAGGAGCACUUUAAGCGUACACAUAAGGUUGUUGAGGAGGAAGCAGCUCAGAACUUGAAGAAACAGAAGGAGCUUGAGAGUAAGCUCAAAUCAAUGAAGAUCUCUGUGUGGGACAUUAUGACCAAAGGUGGUCCUGAUCCUGCAGCUCUGGCUGCUCUAGCUGCUGAGACAGAUAACAGCACAGAGACAUCGCAGCCCUCAUCAGGCAAAGCAUAAAGAGGAGGCUAUGCAGCCAACAGAGUGGACUUUGUAUAAUAGCAAUUGCACAGAAACGCACUCACACUACCCAACUCUGAUUAAGGAGACAGGCAGCAUCCUCUGGUAUUUAUGAAUGACCCUCUUUUUUUUAAAUAAACAGACUGACAAAGUCAUAGACCGUGGAGUAAGGCUCGUUUAUAGAUGCUUUG